AUGGCGCAGGGCCACUCGCCUGAGGGCGUGUACCUGCCCGUCAAACAGGCCAUUCCAGAAGAAAGCGAGGACGCUAAUAACGGACAUGCCAUGCGAGAUGAUUCGAGGCAUUUCCAAGGCAGGGUUACUGAUAGAGAAGAGGGCGAGGAGCCCACUCCCCACAACGAGGACAGGCGCGCCAGCUCGCUCCAACACAGCGCUGACGAGGACGGCCAAUCACGGCUCCUGCACAGCCUGCCGUGGGCCCCACCAGCAGGCGGGCGGCGCAGGCUGCUGGCUCUCGGCGACGUGCAGUACCCCCUGGAUGGCUACUUCCUUAGCAAAUCCGGCCUAUACUACGUGCAGGUGCAGCUGGGGUGGCAGAGGCAGCCCGUGAACCUGCAGGUGGACACGGGCAGUGACCUGCUGUGGACGCGCUGUGUCUGCCCCUCUUGCCCUCCGCCCCACCCCGCCACCAAUCACACCCAGGUGGGUCUUCGGGGCGUACUGUGCUGUGCCAUUUGUCGGAUAGAUGUCAGAUUAGUGUGA